AUUACCCUUGGGUUGUAAUGAAACUUGUGGUAGGUGCCAUUUGACUCACUUGAAUGUAGUAAUUGAAUCUUGUUUCAAAAUCUUGAUCCCAAUAGUUAUUGGAAAUAUGACUGUACUGCACUAGAUUUUGACAAUGCAAUGAAUGUUUAAGGAGUUGGCAGCUGUAUGCAAUGAAAAUUGCUAGUACUAGUGUUGAGCAAGUGUUCUCUUUGGUCUGGGGUUGGGAAAGCCAAGUAAUGAUUGUCAUCAACAAGGCUUCUGUUUUGGCUGUUUUCAGUCUGGAAUUCUGGAUUGAAAAUUAACUGCAGUUUGCAUUUCAUGUGACUUUUUUUAUUCCUUUAGUCCUCUGUUCCUGUUCCAUGCUUUCUUACCUGGAGUGUUAGUUUACAGGUGGCUCAAGAGAUUGAAACAGAAGCACGGGUUCAGAAUGAUUUAGUGUCUGAUUUGGUAAAUAUCUUGCUUGAUUUCUCCUCUUUUAUAAAUCCUUUACCUGAUGGAAGAAUUUGGUAAAUUCCAGUUUUGAUAUAUUUAGAGCAGCUUGGAAUUUGUCAAAACCUUAAUGAGACUACCAAUGUUGUUGUUGAUCUUUUCCAUACAAGAAUCUUUUCUGUUCUUUAUCAGCAUUGGUUUCUUUUACAGCACUGGGAUUUCAGUGCUAUUUAUGUGCCCAUCAAUUAUCUUUCUUGUAAAGCAAGGAUGUUCUGGUGGCCCAUGUGUCAUCCUUAUCAGCGUCAAGUAAUGCUAGGACAGCUUGUAUUUAACAAGUUGCUGCUUCUGGUUCUUGAAACAGCAAACGCUAAUGAGCCGAGCUCAAACAGGAGUAAAAAAUGGCAUGAGGAGGUUGAACAAAAAUGUCAUCCAGCAAAAAUCGAAUCAUGUCUUGCAAGUGAUCAUAUUUGGACUGUUUUGUUUCAGUAUGGUUUACCUGUGGUCUAAGUUAUUCAAAAGAUAAUUAUCUGCUAAUGAGUGCACAUGUUAACUGCCGAAGCAAAGAUGUUAUUACAGUAACACAAGUUUUCUCCAACAAAAGGUUCCUCCGCCAUCCUUCUUACUUUUGAGUACAGUGAUUUAACUUGUUUACUUGAAGUGGUAGUGCUUGCCGUUAAUUUUACACAUAUCAAAUGCAGUAUAUGUAUGAAACCACAUUUCUUUUCAAUAUCUCUUCUGUAGUUAUUUCAAAAGACUCACUCCCUUCUUCCCUUUCCUUCUUUGUUCCUCCAUAGAACAAGAGCCAUGAUAUUGAGAUG